AUGGUGAAGAAGCUGGGGAGGAGGAAGAAGGGGAAGCGAGAAGAGUGGAGGUCGAAAGACAUUCAGAGCCUGGACUUGAACGAGCUCUCCAUGGCGACAGCAGUAGCCAAGUGCCUGCGACGAACCGCGAGCAACGUUGAGUUGUUCUACGAGUACGCGGCGAGCGGCAAGGGCAUACAGCUAGGUGGCAGGGGGGCUCUGCUGGACUACAAUGAGCUCGUGUGCAUCCUGGAGGAGGUCAAAGUGAUUCCAAAGGCAUUGCCCAAGGAGGACUGUUACGAUUACUUCCUGGCCUUCCUGCGGAAGAAGAUGAGAUCGCCGAGCGCGAGCACGGGGCAGCCAGCCUCGGCAGGGGGGAGGCCUUCGACCAAGGGCAGCCACAGGCCCAAGUCCUCCGAAGGGCCGGAGGACGAGCUGGACUUCCCUGCCUACCAAGAGUUCAUCGAGUUCCUGAUCGAGAGAUUGGGGUACCUGCCCUACGUCGAGCGGGAGAAGCAGAUUAUGGAGCAGCACAUGGAGAGUCUGAAACUGCGGACGACGAACCUGUACGACUUCUCCUACCGGUCAAACGCGAUUCACCGCACUGAACGAGAGCUCAAGAAGGCCAUCGGCUACAACGAGGAAAUACUCUUCACCAAUGACCCGGUUGAGCUCGCGCAGACCAAGUACACUCUUCCUAUUCUCCCUGCCUACAAGAUCAAGACUCCGAGGGUUGUCUCGGAGCUGGAGGGAGACAAACAGAUCGAGCCGUUGGCGAACGUCUCAGUUCCGCUCGACGAUCUCCGUCACGGCGAAGAGCUGCGGGGCUUGCGCCUGCCUGCACACAGGGUCGCCCGGAAAUCCUUGCACUGCACUGUGAGGAAGUACUUCGACAAGUGGGUCUCCGUCGUCGCAGGGUUCGACGAGUCCCUCUUCGAGAACGAUGACAAGGCGAGAAGGCUUGCUGGCGCUGCAAAUCCGGACGACGGGCCUUCGGUCGAGGUGAAGGUUGACAGGUCAGGACAGUGGAUUCCCUUCCUCCCAAGGGCGAUACCGCCGAUUGAUCACACGCUCUUUCCUUACUCUCAUCCCCUCUCUUCCGAAAAGCACUGA